AUGGCCGAAUCAAGCUUCUUCGCUAGAAACAAAGCUGCCAUUGCCCUCACGGUGCUUGCCAGUGCUGGUGCCAUCGGAGCCUACUGGUACUAUAUCCAGCAGCAAGCACAGGAAACCAGUGGCGACAAGGAAGGCGACAAUCAUGCCGCUAAGAAGAAAAAGAACAAGAAGAAGAAGAGCAAGAGCUCUAAGGAUAAGACCCCUGAGACCAGCGCUGCUUCUCAGGAGAAGUCUCCUCUUGAUUUGUCGGAGGCUCCCUUCCCAGUCAACGAUAAGAACAUGCCCGACUUCACCGAGGAGGACGUGGCCAAGUUGACCGAGGAACAGAAGGAGGAGUGGGCACUUGCGUUGAAAAACGCAGGUAACGCUAAGUACAAGAACAAUGAGAUGGAGGAUGCUAUAGCGUUCUACACUGCCGCAUUGAAAGUGAAGGUCGACCCCGUCUACUACUCCAACAGAUCUGCGUGCUGGGCUGCGAUUGGCAACCACGAAGAAGUGAUUAAGGAUGCCACUGAGGCCAUCAAGCUCAAGCCAGACUACACGAAAUGUAUUUUGCGUCGUGCCACCUCGUACGAGCAGUUGGAGCAGUACCCGGACGCCAUGUUGGACUUGACCGCCUUGACCAUCCACGGUGCCUUCAACUCCAAGUCUGUUGAGCAAACUUUGGAGAGAGUUUUGCAAAAGCACGCAGUGAAGAUCGUUGAGAAACAGAUGAAGGAACGUGUGCCCGAAUUGCCCUCUGCUUCCACGAUUGCCUCCUUCUUUGGCGCUUUCAAGCCUGAGUCCAAUCCUGAGGGCAUUUCUGAGUCUUCUACCGGUGCUGACAAGUUCUUGUACGACGCCUUGCAAGCUCUUAAUGCCAAGCAGGCUGAGAAAUACGAGGAGGCUGACUCUUUGUUCAACCAGGCCAUCAAGGCCUACGAAGAGGAAUCCAUCAAGCCAGAUUCCGCUGAGGCUGCCAAGGCUACCAUUGCCUACGAGUACGGUGCUAUCAUCUCUUUCUUGAAGUACGACAAAAAGUCAAUCGAUGCUUACAUCACCAAGGCGUUUGCUUUGAAGCCUCGUGCCCGUACCUACGUCAUCAGAGCACUUGUCAAGGCUGACGACAGCACUUUAGAGGACUCCUUCAAGGACUUCGAGAAGGCCAAGGAGUUGGAGCCAGAAAACCCUGAUAUCUACUACCACUUUGGUCAGAUCUUUUACCUUACAGGUAGAUUCCCUGAGGCUGAGCAGCAUUUCAUGAAGGCCAAGAAGCUCAACCCAGAGAAUGUUUUCGCCUACAUCCAGUUAGCCUGUGUUAUCUACAAGAAGGGUGAGGCAGAUGAGGCCAUCAAGGCCUUCGAAGAAGCUAAGCUCAGAUUCCCUACUUCUCCUGAAGUCUUGAACUACUACGGUGAAAUCUUGGCGGACAAGGGCGACACACAGGGCGCAAUCAAGCAGUUUGACAUUGCUAUCCGUUUGCAGAAAGACUUACCUGUGGUGAGCGUCGGUGCUGCUCCUUUGCUCAACAAGGGCAGUUUGCUCCAGAGAGAUGGAUUGGACGACAAAGGAGAAGUGGCUGACUUAUACACCAGAGCGGUGGAGAUGGACCCAAAGAGUGAAAUUGCACGCAAUCACCUUGCUCAGGUGAAGUUGGCUCAGGAUGACGCUGAGGAGGCCAUCAGAUUGUUUGAGGAGGGUUCCCUCUUGUCGCGUACUUUCGACGAGAAGGUCCAGUCCACUUCUUUCGCCGAGGCCACCAAGAUGCAGAUGAAGAUUAAGGCCGACCCUUACUUGAGCCAGAAGAUCAAUGAGGUUCUUCAACAGCACGCUCUGCAAAUUCAGCGUUAG